UAAACGGUCCCCAGCUCACUCACACUCAGACGAUCUCAUGGGGUCGAAAGCCAAGAAGGCCGGCAACAAAGUAUGAGCUACGAUCCGGGCACAUCGGCCUACGAUUACCGACGUGCCGUCGAUUUUUCCUCAGUUCAGUGGUCUAAUUUUGACAAUGUACAGUACUCCCAGCCUGAACUAUCAGAUGACGAGCAGCAACAACAACAACCUCAAGAUGGUGAACAAAUAGACGCUGAGGCAGCUCCUGCCGAGGAGGAGUCCAAAGCGCCCUUGUCCAAGAAGGACAAGAAGAAGCUCAAAAAGAAGCAGAAGAAGGCAGAGAAGGCUGGAGGGCCGCAGAAUGACACACCAGCACCUGCACCUGCAGACGCCGAGAUUGAGACUGCGCCUCAGUCUGAGCCCGCACAAGAGCCUGAGGUAAAGGUCGACGCGGAAGCUGAGCCCGAGAGCAAGGCAGACGUUGAACCCGAGAGCAAGGCUGACGCUGAGCCCGAGCCCACAGACGUGGUUGAGUCUGACGGCAAAGCAGAUGCUACAGCUGAAAGCAAGGCAGAUGUCGAGCCCGAGGAGAAGCUGGAUGCCGAGCCCGAGGCCACGGGCGUAGUUGAGUCUGACGGCAAAGCAGAUGCUACAGCUGAAAGCAAGGCAGAUGCAGAGUCCAAUCCUGUGGAAUCAUCCGCGGCACCUGAUCGGCCUCCUGAAGCAGACGUGACGCCCGAAAUCGAUGCCGCUGCUGUUGAGUCUGGAGAAAAGGCGGACACUGAGUCGGAACCGAAGGUCGUCGCUGAACCGGAUGCAAAGGCAGACGUCGACCCAGAACCGACAACACAGCCUGAGCCCCAGCCUGAGGAGGCGUCGGAAGCGACGAAACCAUCAGAGCCUGAUCCUGAGCCCGCACCUGAAACCACACAAGAGCCAGAGCAGCCGACACCAACACCGCCAGAACCGGCAUCCGACCCUGCACCUGCUGUUGCCGCCGAGGAGGAAGCGGCUGAGGCUACUUCUUCCAGCAAGAAGAAGAAAAAGAAGAAGAAGAAGGGCAAGGGAGGCGACACAGCCCAGGAGACUCCAGCACCCACGCCGGCGGAGGACACCACCAAGGCGGCAGAGGAAGCGGCUGAAAAGGAGGCCGCCGAGAAGGAGGCCGCCGAGAAGGAAGCCGCUGAAGCUGCCGCCGCUAAGGAGGCUGCUGAAAAGGAGGCUGCCGAGAAAGAAGCUGCUGAAAAGGAAGCCGCCGAGAAGGAAGCUGCCGAGAAGGAGGCCGCUGAAGCUGCUGCAGCUAAGGAAGCCGCCGAAAAGGAGGCUGCCGAGAAAGAAGCUGCUGAAAAGGAAGCCGCCGAGAAGGAAGCCGCCGAGAAGGAGGCUGCCGAGAAAGAAGCUGCUGAAAAGGAAGCCGCUGAAGCUGCCGCUAAGGAAGCUGCCGAGAAGGAAGCCGCCGAGAAAGCCGCUGCCGAAGCUGCUGAGAAGGAAGCUGCUGAAAAGGAGGCUGCUAGAAAGAAAGCCGCUGAAAAGGAAGCCGCUGAAGCUGCCGCUAAGGAAGCUGCCGAAGCUGCUGAAAAGGAAGCCGCCGAAGCUGCUGAGAAGGCUGCUGCUGAAGCUGCUGAAAAAGAGGCUGCCGAAAAAGCUGCUACAGAAGCUGCUGCCGCUAAGGAAGCUGCUGAAGCCGCCGAGAAAGCCGCUGCCGAAGCUGCUGAGAAAGAAGCUGCUGAAGCCGCUGCCGCUAAGGAGGCUGCUGAAAAGGAGGCCGCCGAAGCUGCCGAGAAGGCUGCUGUAGAAGCCGCUGCUGCUGAAGCUGCUGAAAAAGAGGCUGCCGAAAAAGCUGCUGCAGAAGCCGCUGCAGCUAAGGAGGCUGCAGAAGCCGCCGAGAAAGCUGCGGCAGAGGCUGCCGAGAAGGAAGCCGCCGAGAAGGAAGCUGCUGAGAAGGCUGCUGCAGAAGCUGCUGCCGCCAAGGAGGCUGCUGAAGCUGCUGAAAAAGAGGCUGCCGAAGCCGCCGAGAAGGAAGCCGCUGAGGCUGCUGCCGCCGCUGAAAAAGAGGCUGCCGAAAAAGCUGCUGCAGAAGCUGCUGCCGCUAAGGAGGCUGCUGAAGCCGCCGACAAGGAAGCUGCUGAGAAGGCUGCUGCUGAAGCUGCUGAAAAAGAGGCUGCCGAAGCCGCCGAGAAGGAAGCCGCUGAGGCUGCUGCCGCCGCUGAAAAAGAGGCUGCCGAAAAAGCUGCUGCAGAAGCUGCUGCCGCUAAGGAGGCUGCUGAUGCUGCCGAGAAGCAAGCUGCGGAAGCUGCUGAGAAAGCUGCCGCUGAAGCCGCUGAGAACGAGGCCCGGGAAUUGGCCGAGAAAGAAGCUGCUGAAUCUGCUGCCAGGGAGACUGCUGCCAAAGAAGCUGCCGAGCAGGAAGCCAAGGCCGCAGGGGAGACUGCCAAAGAUGAACCUGAGGAGCCUGUGGCAACCAGCAGCAAGAAAAGCAAAAAGAACGACAAGAAGAAGGCCAAGAAGCAGGCUAAGAAAGCUGCCGAACAGGCUGUUGAGGUUUCUGAAGAACCUGCGAAGGCAGAUUCAGAGGCGGACGGGAAGGAUCUCGCGACCGCCGCGACAGUAGCUGGUGCAGCUGGUGUCGCGGGUGCAGUUGCGGCCUCCGAGUUGCCCGAAGAUGCUGAAGCUUCUGAAUCAACCAAGGAGGCUACUACUUCUGAUGGGCCCGUCAACACCGCCGCCACCCCUGACGACAAAGGCGCUGACGAUUCGACGGUCGUGCCGGAUGCUGGGGUUGCUGAAGAACGUCCGGAUGAGGCAAAGGCGGCAACUGAGUCCGAACAGUCAGUGGACGAAGUUGCGAAGGACGAUGAUGCAGCGGUCAACUCCGAGCUCGAGAACGCCGUCGAUGCCGACAAGAGCGCGGAAGAGGCGCAGCCAGAGUUGUCUGGGCAAACCUCUGACUACCUUGAUACUCCAAAUCAGGACCUGGCACCAGCUACAGAGGCGGAUGUGGACGAGCCAGUCGCAACGGAGGGGCCUACUGCUGAAGACGCGGUGGCUGAGGCAGCCGACGAAGAGAAGGCCGCGCCUGUGGGCGUAGAGGAGGUAAUCGACAACACUGAGUCUACGCCCACUGACGCCACGGCUACAGCUGCUGGCCAAGAACUUGAAGUCACCUUGGAUUCGGCCUUGGAGGAUCGCAAUCCUAAAGAAGACGAGUCUGAGUUGAGUACCUCUGAAGUCAAGGCCGAACAAAGCCCAGAUCAGCAGAAGCAUGAGGAAAUUGCCGCUGCAGAGGAGACGACUGUCGACGACCACGCUGUUGCUGACAAGCCUGAAGCCGCGGAGGACGCGACGGAUACCGCAGUUGCAACGGCAGACUCUGGCAACAAACAAGACGUUGUCGCUCAGUCGACGGAAGAGCCUAUUACAACAGACUCCGAGACUCUCCUCAAGGCUGAUAGCAUGGCAAAACCAGCAGCGGACACGCCAGACGUCGCGGAGUCUACUAAGGACAACAUGGAUGCGUCAUCUGUGACAGACGGCGUUGCUGAAGACAAGGAGCAGGACGCUGUCAAGACUUCUGAGGCAGAGUCUGAAGCACCUGUAAUGCCUACUGAGGAUACCCCUGAUUCUAAGGACGGCACCGCAGUGGCCGCCGAGGACGACACCGCAGUGGCCGCCGAGGACGACACAGGAGCCACCAAGGCCGAGGCUGGAGAAGUUGCCGAUGAGGCUGCAGUUGCGGUAGCUGCAGUACAAGAUGACGCCGCCGCCGAAGCGUCACCUGCUGCUGAAAUUUCCGACUCAGCCAAGGCUAGUGAGGCUGUCGACAUGUCUCCUGAGCUAUCUUCUGAACGGACCCCUGCACCAGAGCCAGGACAAGACGAAGAUGUGGACGAUGAUGUCAAACCCUCAGACCUGGAGACACACGUGUCCGAGCCAAAGCACGUCGAGACUGAUAUAGAGAAGGAUGCUCUCGACACUGAGGAGCCCCAGGCUGUCGAGCCGGUUGAGCCCAUCGUUGACCAAGAGACGCCCAUGGAAGCAGUUGAGUCGAGCGCCAAAGCUAUGCCGGAUAUUGAUGCACAGCCCGAAGUCGAGCCCCGUGAAGCCGAAGUGGAGGCGGUUGAACAUGCGCAAGCGCCGGCGGAACCAGCAGCACCAGUCGAACCCGUUGAACCAGAUGACAUUGCCGCCACCGACGCUGUCGCUGCAGUUGAGCCCCAACCCGAGGCGGAAGAGCGAGAAGCGCCCGCACCCAAGCCCGCACCCGAACGCGAGGCCUUCAGGGGGCCCGAGAAGGUCGAAAAGCACGACCUGGUUGGGAAAUUGAAGCCGGUGACGGACAAGCCCGUUGAGAGGACCAGGAAAGGAGUGGCGAUGGCAUUCUGUCUCUGCGUUCUGGUGAUCUCUCUGCAAUUCGCGACGAGCAGGAUACGCCUGGUCUGGUCGUGAAGACUUCUCGAGGGGAUACGGAGCGGGAGGCAGUGGGUGCAUUCGGUUUCGGGCUCGCCACUACGGACGACUCGAGCCAGACCGUGC